GCGUAACUAAUUUGCACAUUAGCGUCACGGUUACUUGCAGAAAUCACAAAUAAUCGGUUAUUAUCAGACCUGCGUGUACCAGACAGUACAAUGAGUGAUGUUCCAGGUUUCGGUAAAGCGCUGGUCAUCAUCACCGGCGCGUCGCGAGGGUUCGGUCGGGCUCUGGCUCUGGAGGUCGCGGCUCGUGUGGACGCAACAGGUUCGGUUCUGAUUCUGGCGGCUCGGUCAGACGACAAACUGCACGAGUUACAGACGCAUGUGACCCGCGUCGCGUCCGAACUCACUGUGCGCUGCGUGACGGCGGAUUUAUCGCGUAAAGAAGACGUCGAGCGCGUUAUUACAGUGAUCAGAGAAACACAGUGUGCUGAUAUUGAUCAUCUGCUGCUCUUCAAUAAUGCAGCUUCUCUCGGUGAUGUGUCGCGUUAUUGUCGUGACUUCACGGAUGUGGAUGAGGUGGACUCGUAUCUGUCGUUUAACGUGAGCUCUGCACUCUGUCUGACCACUGGAGUCCUGCGCGCGGUCCCGCGGCGCGUGGGUUUGACGCGCGUCAUCAUCAACAUCAGCUCACUGUGCGCGAUCAAACCGUUCGCGUCGUGGGUUCUGUACUGCACGGGGAAAGCGGCGCGAGAGAUGAUGUUCCGCGUGCUGGCGGAAGAAGAACCGGACCUCAGAGUCUUGAGUUACGCGCCAGGUCCUCUGGAUACAGACAUGCAGCUGCAGGCGAGGAGCAGCAGCGCAGACGGCUGCGUGAGGAGCGCGUGCAGUGGUCUGCACGCUCAGGGUCAACUGCUCACAUGUGAAGCGUCUGUCAGUAAACUCAUGAAGGUUCUGCUGGAGGGAAACUUCACCUCUGGAGCUCAUCUGGACUUCUAUGAUUGAUGGAUUUGAGAUGAAUUAUUAUUGAUUCUCGACACAUUCCAAAGUAUUUGACUGCUGCUCUUAUCAUCUGAGAUCCUGUGUGAAUUGUGCCUUGAUUCUGAUGUCAGGUCAUUUUUAUUAGUUAGCCUGUUUGAUUAUAUUCGAGUGAAAUCUUCACUCAUAUUCCAUAUUUUUGAGGAAUAAUAUCUGUGAGAGAGAGUGAGAGAGAGAGACACUUGCUAUGCCGGUCACGCUCUAUAAAACACUUAAAGUGGUGUGAAAGUCAUGUGUUACUGAGCAUCAUCAGGUUCUCCUCAUAAAGAAAACACUAAUCACUAAUAAUUAUACAGUUGUUUUGCAUUUAUUCUCAGGAUUAUAUUUAAGUUGUAUGUAAACUCCAUUUAUAUUAUUAUAUGAUCGUUUUAUCACAUGUUAAAUGAUUACAUUUGUGAGCACUGUGACCCGAUGAUGAUGAGUUUUAAAUCAGUAAUACCUGCAGAGAGAAAUAUAUACUUGUUAGCGUUUUUUCAAUAAAUG